AUGACGAUGCCCUUCCUGCUCACGCCGGGCGCUCGGGCGGCGCCCUCGCCGUCAACGCUGUCGCGCCUACUCCUUCCGCUCCACCUACAAAUUACUAAUGGCCGGCACAACCACCAGCACCGUCACGUCUCCGUCUCCGUCUCCGCCUCCGCUUCCCCCCUCCUCUACCCUCGCCUCCGCAACCGCCGCGGCCGAUUCUUCGCGUCCUCCUCCUCGUCUCAGAUGGCGGCGCCUGCCGACGCCCCCGGAGGUUCAUCGGACGCGUUCGAGGUGAUCCGCGUUCACCAGGCAAAAGCUGCUCGUCUUUCACCAGUUGAAGAAAUACGGACCAUUCUGGACCGAAGUGUCAGAGGCGUUCUUGCUACGCAUUCUCAGGAUCAUGCUGGUUAUCCAUCUGGUUCAAUGGUUGAUUUUGCAUGUGAUCAGGAUGGUUCCCCCAUAUUAGCAGUGAGUAGUUUAGCAAUUCAUUCAAAGAAUCUCUCCGGAAAUCCUAAAUGCUCACUUCUUGUCGCGAAAGACCCUGAGGACAGAACGGAUACUGUAAUAACUGUAUAUGGCGAUGCUGUUCCUGUUUCUGACGAAGAAAAAGAUUCAGUGAGAAGCGCUUACCUACGAAGGCACCCUGAUGCUUUUUGGGUUGACUUUGGUGACUUCAGUUUCCUGCACAUCAAACCUAAAGCUGUGCGCUAUGUAUCUGGUGUUGCAACUGCUCUCCUUGGCUCUGGAGAAUUCAGUGCUGCCGAGUACAAGGAAGCAAAAGUUGAUCCAAUAUCUCAAUUCUCAACUCCUAUUACAAGCCAUAUGAACAAGGAUCAUGCCGAUGAUACAAAGCUCAUUGUGCAACACUCCACUGCUGUUAAGGUGGAUUUUGCUUAUAUGCUGGAUGUGGACAGCCUUGGUUUUAAUGUGAAGGCUGGUUAUGAUGGAAGUGUUCUGAAGUUGCGUAUCCCCUUCCCAAGGCAGGCGCAAGACAGGAAGGAUGUUAAGACACUAAUUGUGGAAAUGCUCCAAGCUGCAAGAGCCUCAUCUUCAGUUCCUGAAUGA